UUAUUAUUCCCGACCUGGUGUUGGUUUUUCACCAGCCAGGCGAACUGUCUGGUUGCUGUAGCAACCGCACGUUUAAUACGGCCCUGUUCGAUUGUUUGCGUGAGCUAACACGCGCGAUGGGGGCUCCUGGUGGACUAAAGGAGCCGCGUUUUUAUUAUGUGUUGAGCGUUCGUGGAAUAUGGAGCGCCAUUGCCAUUCGUGCGUGCGUGCGUACGAGUGAAAAAGAGCGAGCUAGUAGUGUAUGUGUGUGUGUGACAGAGAGAGAGAGAGAGAGUGAGAGAGAGAGAAAGAGAGAGAUAGAAAGAAGGAGACAGAGAGAUGAGAAUUAAAAUCAUCCUUUGCUCGAGAAAGGAUUGAAUGCAGAUGCUGAUGAGUCUCUAUGGGACAAGGAAAAGGCUGUAUCAUAUGCCAUAAAGACGCGGUGAAUGGUCGCGCUUCGUUGCGUGUGCCCCGUAGGACAGCGGAGUGUGUGAAAAUGUAAUGUUUAAAGUGAAUUUAUAGACACUGGUGAAAUCAUUCGUUUGUAUCCAGCUUUUGGGGUCGAAUCCCGCCGGAACGUUUGCAUAAUGAGUUUAUGCGUGCAGUUUGUGCUGGCUGGCUGUGUGACGACGGCGUGGUUAAACAUGAUGCCACAUUCGAUAAUUUAGUGAUAGUUUAAUAGCACUACUACCGCCAACACUAUACAUGACGCUUCCACGCACGUUACCAUGUGAAUUGUGUGAUAAAAGUAAACUAUUAGUGAUACAGUUUGAGGCUGCUAACGGCACCGUAAGUGACAGCGGUACUGGGCAAAGUUGGUGCCGUGCCUGGCAUACAUACCUAUGGCAGCAGCGACGACGCUUAUAAUGGCAUUGCCCACACAAAAGCCACGCAUCGGCUUCAGCAUUGAGUCGAUCGUUGGAAGCGAAAAACGGUUGCCGCAAGGUUCGCCACCAUCGCACUUUUCGCCGAACAGUGAAUCGUCCGAGCGUCCGUUGAGUCCUCUCAGCGAUAGUAGUCACUUCCCGUCCGAUAUGCAUCCGCUGGUGCUGCGAGGAUAUCCAACGGGCUGUCAACCAUUACCUCAUCAACGGGCAUACCUUCUCCAGCGACAGCAGGAACAUCAGCAGCAGGCUCGUGAACUUUUCGCACUGGGCCAACGAAUAUCCGGCGGGUCUUCUGGAACUCCUCCCCUGGAAUCGAAUGGACGCUUACCGGAUUCACCUCACAGUCCUGGAGAGGCAGCACCAAAUCGUGCCCCAUCCUCCAUACGAAUGAUUGAUCUGAGUAGUAAUUCUAGUCGAAGUUCACCACCACCCUCCCAUACGCGACUGUCACCGGAUCCUGAGUCGGGUGUCCGGAACUCCGGUCAACGGUCACCUCGAGGUUCUCCCGGACCGGGUGGCACAUCGGCUCCACCAAUGAACAAAGGCCCAAUAAUGGUACCGGGCAUUCCGGCCGGUCUGGUACGGCCAUUCCCGAUGGGUCCGAACGGAGAGCUGAAGUCACUGCCUUCGUUUAUGGGCGGGAACAGUGCUACGGAGUUGGCGGUUCAAGCUGCCCACAACCAACACUUUCUAGCGGCCCAGUUCCAGGCAGCGUUAGCGCACGUGCAGGUACACGGUCCAGGAAGUUUUGCAGGACAUCCAACGCAUCUGCACAACCAUCCGGCCAAUAUGCCGCGCGAAAGUUACCCACUCUAUCCGUGGCUGUUAAGCCGGCACGGCAGAUUUCCACCCCGAUUUCCCGGAAGCUACUUGCUACCAUUUCGCAAACCAAAACGAGUCCGUACGGCCUUUUCGCCGUCGCAGCUGCUGAAGCUGGAGCACGCCUUCGAGAAUAAUCACUACGUGGUCGGGGCGGAACGGAAGUCGUUGGCACAGACUCUCAGUCUGACGGAAACGCAGGUCAAAGUAUGGUUCCAGAACAGACGUACCAAACACAAAAGGAUGCAGCAGGAAGAGGACGCCAAAUCGGGCGGAAAUGGUGAUGAUGACGGCCGGGGACGACACAGUCCGGGCGCCCACUAUGAGGAGGACGAUGAGGACGAGCUUAUCGACAUGGAAAUGGACGACGAUUGUGUGAGUGACGAGGAUGAACAGGAGCAUGGAGAAUGAAUAGAGCAACGCAGUCAAAUAACUACUUCAUUCCGGCGAUUAAUAACGCCCACUCCACCUUGAGAUAGGAACGAUAAGAAUGUACUGUGUAUGUGUGCAAAGAGUGGGAUAUGAAGUAAAUUUUACGAUAUUGACGGUGUUAAGUUGUAAUAAAAGUUCCUCCCGGUUGUAUUUCGUUUAUACGUUAGUUAAGGUGUUUAAUUAGACGGUUGAUGUGUAAACACUUUGUGUAAUUUCCAUAAUUCAUAAACAAUAGUGUCAAAAUGAUGUGCCAAAUGGAACGGAAUAGUACGAAAGGAGUCAUUGAGACACGUAUUUGCACAUUGAUGAACCUUAAACGCGAAUUAGAUAGAAGCAGGUAUAAAGUAAAGGAAGUAUUAUUUAUUAUUCUUGAUUUCUCUUGCCGUUGCGGUCGUUUGAUUGUUUGAUAGCAAAUGAGUGAAAAAUAUUUUCACGAAAUCGGUUUGUGUCUAGUAAAAACGAAGCAUUUUGUAAAUAUUGUAAUAUAAAUAAAAUACAUUUUACAUACUAAUAAUCAGCGUAAAAGA